CGGGGGCAGCGCCAAUGCAAAGCUCCCCUGCGAAGCUCCCUCAAUCCAGUCACAGGAGAGAUAUCAACAGCCGCUGUGUUAAUAUCUUUGCGCAGCGAAUCCGUGUCACUUGUUGAUUGAUUCGAUCCAUUUACGCCUUUGUAUUGACAAAAUUCUUCACGAUGCGCUUGUUGUCGAGUAUCGUGGCCGUGGCCUUUGCGGCCGUGGCGUCUGCUGUGAGCACAUCGGGCAGCCGAUUGCUCGUUGUUUUGGACGAUGUUGCUGAGAAGAGCGCAUAUAGCCAAUUCUUUGGCGACUUGGCCGAUCGUGGCUUCGACAUUACAUACGAGACACCAAAGAGCGACAAGUUUAAGUUGUUUAACUUGGGCGAGCGAAACUUUGACCAUGUGGUCUUCUUGCCUACCAAGGUCAAGGGUCUUGGUCCCAACUUGACUCCCAACAUUCUGCUCGACUUUGUCAACGCCGAAGGAAACAUUAUGGUUGCCAUGUCCUCCACGACACCCACGUCGACAUCGAUUGUCUCUCUUCUUAGCGAGCUCGACAUUAUGCUACCCAUUGAGCGUACCGGUACCGUUGUCGACCACUUCAACUACGACUCGACGUCCUCACCCGACGAGCACCGUGUGCUGGUCCUCGAUGCCCCCGGCCCUAUCCGCCCCGAUGUCAAGAACUACUUUGAGAAGCCGGGCUCUGUGAUCGCCGUGCCCAACGCUGCGGGCCACGUCCUCGGAAACAGCCAACUCUUGACUCCUAUCCUCCGCGCCCCUGCCACCGCCUACAGCUACAACCCCACCGAACAGUUUGAUGUGAUUGAGGCUGACGAGCUGUUUGCUGCGGGUAGCCAGAUUGCGCUAGUCUCUGCCGCGCAGGCCCGCAACAACGCCCGUGUUACGCUGGUUGGUUCCGCCGAGAUGCUCCAGGACAAGUGGUUCGGAGCCAAGGUUACCAAGGCUGGCAGCAAGGCUGUCGCGGCCGACAACCGCGCUUUUGCUAAGACCUUGUCCGCCUGGGCUUUCAAGGAGAUUGGUAUUCUGCGCGUCAAUGGCGUCGAGCACCACCUCAAGGAUGAUGCCGAAGUCAACCCUAGCCUGUACCGCAUCAAGAACGAUGUUUCUUAUCUCAUUUCCGUCUCCGAAUACUCCUACGAUAGCUGGCAUCCAUUUAUCCUGCCUGCCGGUGAUGAGAUGCAGCUUGAAUUCUCCAUGCUGUCGCCCUUCCACAGACUCAACCUGCCCGUCAAGGCGACGAACGGCGACGCCACCGUCUUUGGCACAUCGUUUACUCUGCCCGAUCAGCACGGCAUCUUCAACUUCAUGGUCAACUACAAGCGCCCGCUGCUUAGCUCUAUCGAGGAGAAGCGCACCGUCAGUGUCCGCCACAUGGCCCACGACGAGUGGCCUCGCAGCUACGUCAUCUCUGGCGCCUGGCCCUGGAUCUCGGGCAUUUUCGCCACCGUUACUGGCUUCGUCGGCUUUUCUGCCCUCUGGAUGUAUAGCAAGCCCACCGGCAAGGCAUCCAAGACGAAGAAGACGCAAUAAGAUGUAUAAAAUUCAGGUUUCCGGGAAAAAAGCUUGAGAGUGGGGGAGAGAGGGCAGUUGGGAUUUGCUCAAAAAAUGGAUAUGCCCAGUUGAAAACUUUUUGCACACUUGUAGAUUACCAUUGAAUGGAUUUGCAUUAACAAUGACUAUUUAAUUAUGCUCAACACUCAUUACUUGUACUCGAUUCGGUUGCCCUCAGAUUAGCUCUCUUGUGUUCUCACUGGCAACACGCAGCUAGAGACUAUAACAAGUCAUCUAUGCUUCGGAGUCCCCUGUAAAAGAGACGGCGAGGCACUGCUGCUGUCUGCAACUUUGGCUUUUUGGACGCGUGGUCAUCACCGGGCUGGUAUGUACACACCCUGGCGAGGUUGUAAGGCUCGUCCAGGGCAGAUUUAUCAUCUCUUUCACCUUGUCGACCUUGUUCCAAUGCUGCGCCUCCCAUAUUAAUACACUGUAGUCUUUCCGCUGAUGACAGAGUCGAACAAGCUCCAGCCUGCUCCGAUUGAAAACUAUAUGUGUUUUGUGGCUUCAUGAGCAGAAUGUUUGUGAUAGUGACUGCUUCGUAUGUGCUACUGGAUGUCGGUCAUGGCGGCUAUAGUUGAAGCUUGCAAACGAGUCAUCGGUGCGGGAAGGGCGUAUCGGAGAGGAAAGCUAGAUCUUAGCUGACGAGGGAGAGGGGAUGCCUGCUCAGAUCUCUGUUCUUUACGGGUGUUCAUGCGUCAGGCUCCGAGCAGACGCAAAGUCUGUAACGAGGCAGGCGUCCCAAAUGUCGUGAUACGACGGUGCGAUCAUCAGUGCAGGUUGAUUUGUAGGUUGAUUCAACAAUACAGAAACAAGCCGCAUAGGGCGAUUCCUGUUGUCUCUGAUUUGUCUCGGUCUCCUCCACGCCCUUUGAUGGGUGGUUGUGUCGCGUGGUAUCACAGAGCAGAUGCUACUUACCAGGGAAAGAUUUGUGUGCAAAUGAAGCUGUAUAUGCAUAGCUAGCACAUCAAAUUGCCAUCACACCAACAAUUUGGAUGAGAUUUCGCUGCCUGCAAAUUGGCCUUGUAGCGAGAAUGUGAAAGGGGGCUUUAUGAAUAGAGGUUGAAUCCUGGCUUGCUGGCUGGCACCUGAGGC